AUGGCUCUCCAAGCUGCCGUGAAAGGAAAACUCAUCAGCGUCAUCGGUGAUGAAGAUACAUGCGUAGGAUUCCUUCUCGGAGGAAUCGGAGAAAUCAACAAAAACAGACACCCGAACUUCAUGGUGGUUGACAAAAAUACGCCAGUCAGUGAAAUCGAGGAGUGUUUCAAGAGAUUCGUGAAGCGUGAUGAUAUCGACAUCAUCCUCAUCAAUCAGAAUGUCGCUGAGUUGAUCCGGCAUGUCAUUGACUCGCACACUGCUCCGGUGCCCGCUGUUCUUGAGAUACCUUCCAAAGAUCACCCAUAUGACGCUAGCAAGGAUUCCAUUUUACGUCGCGCCAAGGGCAUGUUCAAUCCCGACGACCUGGUACACUAA